CCAUAUUGGUUAUGUACUCCUCAACUUCAGCUCUCUUUCCUUCAUUAUUGAAUUCCUUUCCAUCUUCAUCAGAUUCCCACUGACCAGUACUGUUGCAAGCAUGGAAGUUAUGGCUUCCAAUGCUGCAAGUUCCUUUGAUCCUGAAGAUGGAUCCAACUAUGACAAUGCUAAUGAAGUGAAAGCAUUCGAUGAAACCAAAGCUGGUGUUAAGGGACUAGCAGACUCUGGUAUGAUCAAGAUUCCCAGGUUUUUUGUCCACCCACCAGAGAAAAUCCAGCAACCAUCACCCAAGUCUAGCAAUAUCAGCCUUCAGGUUCCAAUAAUAGACUUCGAGGGGUUUGAAAGUUCUCGGCGGAUGGAGGUAGUGAAUGAGAUUCGCAAAGCAUCAGAAAACUGGGGUUUCUUUCAAGUUGUUAAUCAUGGGAUUCCAGAAAAUGUCAUGGAUGAGAUGUUAGCAGGAGUGAAACGGUUCCAUGAGCAACCUCAAGAGGUGAAGAUGGAGUUCUACUCUCGUGACGCUGAUCAACGAGUCAAGUUCUUCACUGGUGUUCUCCUUCUGACUAAAGAACCAGCAAUUUGGAGGGAUACGGUAGCAUUUGAUUUCAAGGAUGGUAAACUAGACCCUCAACUCUUUCCUGGCAUCGUAAGAGAAGAGGUCAGCGAAUAUUUCAGACACGUUUCCAAGAUCGGCAAGGCACUAUCUGAGCUCUUAUCAGAAGCACUCGGGCUUCGAAGCAAUUUCCUUUCAAGCAUAGAAUGCAUGGAAACAGAAUCAGUGGUGGGUCACUACUACCCGGCUUGUCCUCAACCAGACUUGACCCUUGGCACCACCACACAUUCAGAUCCAAGUUUUCUGACCAUACUUCUGCAAGACAAUAUGGGUGGCCUGCAAGUUCGUCACCAAAAUCAAUGGGUUGAUGUACCCCCUCUUCAUGGUGCUCUCCUAGUAAAUAUAGGGGACUUGAUGCAGCUCAUCACCAAUGACAAGUUCAGAAGUGUGGAGCAUAGAGUUCUGGCUGGAGAAGUCGGGCCUCGGAUAUCAGUAGCAUGCUUUUUCUUCCCAAGCACAGCAAAUAAGUUUAAACCCUAUGGGGUAAUAAAGGAGCUUCUAUCUGACGACACGCCCAUGAUCUAUAGAGCAACUCAUUUGGCUGAAUUCAUGGGCCAAUACAUGUCCACAGGAUCAUAUGUUUCCACCCUUUCUCAUUUUAAAGUGUCAAGUGGCCAUGCUUGUUCCUCUACAGAAGAUACUGAUUGAAAUCAAUAAACGGCCUGUAACCUAUAGCAUUA